AUGAAUGAAAAUGAGUUGAAAUUGCUGUUUUACAUUAUGUCAAUUCUGGAGAUGCUAAAUGCCAUUCGAAUAAUACAGUCAAAACACACAGCACAAAAGGAAGUAAAGAUAGAGGUCUCAACGAGGUACCUUGAUGAACAAUGUUUUUCUUUGCUUGCAAAUAGCGAUGUUAGAAACAUCAUAACUCAUUUGGAGUUUAGAAGCUUUUGUUUAAUCGAUGUCAAUUUGGAUCACUUUGAGAAUUUAAGGAGCUUUCGUGGAGAUGAAAUUAGAGUUGUAGUUAGCCUUGAUCAUUCGCUUCAAGAGCUUACAUUGUUCAAUGGCGUGAUCUCAAGUCUCCCAUACAACUUGAAUAAAUUAUCGUUGGUGGAUUGCAAAAUUGUCUGGCGACAUCCUCAACCUCGGUUGCAGCAGUUAAGGUCUUUGGUCGUGAGUAACAGCCCGCACUGUCAAGCAAACUGUUACAGCUCACUCUUUUGUAUGACGUUGUUCGGGGAUGACAUAUUGCAAGAUACAUUGUGGAAUGACGAACUUGAAGAACUCGUCGUUACCGAUAGAGAGAGUCACAGACUUGGACAUAUGCUCAAGUCGAGUAAGCUACGCCGAGUUGGAUUUUUCGGAAGUAUGACGAAUGAUAUGUCUCCUGAGCUAGAAGAAAUUAGCAUUAUAGGAGGUGAAGUGAUUAACGAUAUUACAAAAUUUACCAAUUUGAAAACACUUUCAAUUCAAUGGCCACUGAAAAAGUUGAAUUCGAUGGUUUUUCCUCCUAAUUUGACCAAGAUUUACAUUAGGUACGCUGAAGAAUGUGGAGUUAAAAAAAUAGUAUUUCCAAAAGGCUUAUUGGACCUCACGUUGGCUGACUGUGCUUUAGAACACUACGAAACCACCAAUUUGCCCAAAACUCUCGUCAAGUUAUCUAUAACCGAUAACGAUUUGACUGAAUUUAAAUGUGAUCUUCCUGACUGUACGGAUAUGAACUUGAGCGGCAACGAACUAGAAGCAAUUCGUAUCAAUACUCCCAAAUUGAUAUCGUUAAACUUGAAUGAAAAUCUGUUCAGCGCAUUUCCCAGAGUUUCAAACACAGUCAAAGAUCUACUGGUGGGCAGCAAUGAGAUUGACCUAUCUACUUUGAAAGAUUUACCCCCAGCUCUCAAAACAUUAACUAUGUACAUUUCAGCCAAAGGCAAGUUGACAAACUUUACUUUUCCUGCCUCUUUAGAAGAGAUUGACCUUUCUGGAGACCCUUUGGAGAUUUCGGGCAUCAAUUUUCCUCCUGAUUCAAAGUUGAAGAAAUUGAACUUGAGCAUGGCUUCAUUGGGAGUGAUCAGUGACGCUACCAUCAAAUUACCACAAGGUUUAGAGUGGUUGGACUUAUAUGGAAAUGGAUUGGAGACCAUCGAUGAUCUCCUGAUCCCACAGUCAUUGAAAUUUUUGGACUUGGGAAAUAACAGGCUUGAAUCGUUCAAUGUUCCUUCAAGCAUACAGACUUUGCUCAUUAGCGAUAAUCCUUUCUUCUCUAACUUGCAAGUGUCUGCCGACCUGGACCUUCGGUCGCUAGUCUUGGAAGAGGUGGGAUGGAAAGACUUCAGCUUUGGGAUGUUGAACGCAAGGAAACUUGAGAUGUUGAAAUUAGGACCUGAAGUGGAGAGCUUGGAUGUUUCAGAAAUGCCAUCAACACUUCAAUAUUUGAAAUACGGAGGUGAUUUUGAACAUCCUGAUUUCGUUCUACAACGUAGUGACGAAGAUGGUCUUCCGUUGUAUCGCCGGAUUUCAUCGAAGAUACAGAGGUGA